ACUUUGUGUGUGUUCAUGCAGGCCGAUCCUCAAGAGCUAAAAGACAAAACAGAUCGAUCAAGAGAGAGAGAGGCUUUGAAGCUAAGCUUCUCAGCUUUAAUGGAGAAAAGCAAGUCGGUUCCUGAGUCAUCAUGCUCUUACGCAGAGUUCAAUGGGUUCGGAGAGAGAUCCAACUCUUACAGCUUCAAUGGACCGAGCCACAAAGGAAAUGGCUUUUACACUUCCAAUGAUGCAGAGUUCAAGAGGAAGAAGAGGAUCAAAGCUUAUAAUGGUUUCACUGUGGAGGGCAAGCUUAAAUCCAGCGUCAGAAACAGCUUCAAGUGGAUCAAGAACAAGUUCACCGAUACGGCUACUAAUUAUUAGCUUCACAUCCUUAUUUAAUACCUGAUUAGGUAAAGUUUGUCUUAGCUGCUAAACAUAAUUAGCUGUCAGAGUUUUCAAUAAAAAUCUUGCGAGGUAAUCUUGAAACUGUAAAAAAA